CAGUCCCCCGCAGGGUGAAUCAGAGGGGGAAGCUGACUGACUCUUGGGCUCUUUCUGGAGUUGAAAGUCCACUGGAUACAAAUGGAAAUAUUUUUCCUCUCUUCUACCCUAAAUGCUUUCCAAAACAUGAAGCCACUAAGCUUAUUCAUCUUGAUGGGAUUUAUAGGAGAGUUCCAAGUUUUUUCAAGCGCCCCCUCUCCGGUUCAUUGCCAAUGGGGCUCCUACGGCCCUUGGUCAGAAUGCAAUGGCUGUACCAGGACGCAGACCCGCAGGCGGUCAGUUGCUGUGUACGGGCAGUAUGGGGGCCUUCCCUGUGCUGGAAGCACCUUCGAAACACAAUCGUGUGAACCUGUACAGGGCUGUCCAACAGAAGACGGAUGUGGAGAGCGUUUCAGGUGUUUUUCAGGUCAGUGCAUUAGCAAAUCUUUGGUUUGCAAUGGGGAUUCUGACUGUGAGGAAGAUAGUGCUGAUGAAGACAAAUGUGAGAACUCAGACAGCAAACCUUCCUGCGACAUCAAAAAACCGCCUCCCAACAUAGAACUUACCGGAAAUGGUUACAACGCACUCACUGGCCAGUUUCGGAACGGAGUCAUCAACACUAAAAGCUUUGGCGGUCAGUGCAGAAAAGUGUUUAGUGGAGAUGAAAGAGAUUUCUACAGACUCAGUGGAAAUAUCCUCUCCUAUACAUUUCAGGUGAAAAUAAAUAAUGAUUUUAAUUAUGAAUUUUACAACAGUACUUGGUCUUAUGUAAAAGAAACAUCAAUACAUCAGACGUCAUCUCAGAGUAAAAAGUCCUUCUUUGGAUCUUCAAAAUCUUCUUCAUCUAGAUAUUUUUCAGGAAGAUUUGAAGCUCAUAGGCAAAAGAGUUACCAACUGAUGGUUGUUCAGAACACUGUUGAAGUGGCUCAGUUUAUCAAUAACAAUCCAGAAUUUUUGCAACUUUCAGAAUCAUUCUGGAAGGAACUCUCCUACCUUCCCUCUCUGUAUGACUACAGUGCCUACCGAAGACUGAUUGACCAGUAUGGGACACAUUAUCUGCAGUCUGGGUCCUUAGGAGGAGAAUACCAAGUUCUAUUUUAUAUGGACUCAGAAAAAUUCAAAGAACAUGGUCUGAGUGCAGAAGAUAAACAGAAAUGUACCUCUUCACGGUCCAGCUUUUUAUUUUAUGGAUCAAAGAGACAGAAUUGCGAGUGGCUGAAAGAUGCCUUAAAAGAAGCUUCAGGAACUCGGAGCAAUGUGCUGAGAGGGGACCCAUUUAUCAGAGGGGGAAAUGCAGGUUUAGUGGCUGGCCUGAGUUUACUGGACCUUGACAAUCCAGCUGGAAAUAGACAGAGAUAUGCUUCUUGGGCAGGAUCUGUGACUAAUCUUCCUCAAGUUAUAAAACAAAAGCUGACACCUUUGUACGAGCUGGUGAAAGAAGUGCCCUGUGCCUCUGUGAAAAGACUGUACUUGAAACGAGCUCUUGAGGAAUAUCUGGAUGAAUUUGACCCCUGCCAUUGCCAGCCUUGUCAAAAUGGUGGUGUGGCCAUUGUGGAAGGGACCCAGUGCCACUGCUCCUGCAAACCAGGCACAUUUGGUGUGGCAUGUGAACAAGGAUUCCUUGUAGGGGAUCAAGCGGGAGGAGUGGAUGGAGACUGGAGCUGCUGGACCUCUUGGAGCCCCUGUGUUCAAGGAAGGAAAACAAGGAGCCGGUCAUGCAAUAACCCUACUCCCAGUGGAGGUGGGAAAUCUUGUGUGGGAGAAUCUUCAGAAAGCAGAUCCUGCGAAGAUGAGGAGCUGGAGCAUUUUCGAUUGCUCGAACCACAUUGUUUUUCCCUGUCUUUGGUUCCAACAGAGUUCUGUCCAUCACCUCCUACUCUGAAAGAUGGAUUUGUUCAAGAUAAAAGUACCAUGUUUCCUGUUGGGAAAAGCAUAGUGUAUUCUUGCAACGAAGGCUAUUCUCUUCUUGGAGAUCCUGUUGCCAGGUGUGGAGAAGACCUGCAGUGGCACCUCGGGGAGAUGCAGUGUCAUAAAAUUGCCUGUGUUUUGCCAGCAUUGAGAGAUGGUCUCCAGAGCCAACCGCACCAAGCGUUCUAUGCUGUGGGUGAGAAGGUGACUUUCUCCUGUGCGGGUGCCAUGUCCUUAGAAGGUCCUUCAACCUUUCUCUGUGGCUCUAGCCUGAAGUGGAGUCCUGAGAUGAAGAGUGUUCGCUGUGUGCAAAAAGACACAUCUGUGACACAGGCAGUGCCUGUAUGUCAGCGUUGGGAAAAACUGCAGAAUUCGAGAUGUGUUUGUAAAAUGCCCUACGAAUGUGGAUCUUCUUUGAAUGUAUGUGCUCGAGAUGAGAGAAGCCAAAGGAUACUGCCUCUGACAGUUUGCAAGAUGCAUGUUCUUCGUUGUCAGAGUAGAAAUUACAUUCUAACUGGAAAGGAGAGCUGUACCCUGCCUGCUUCAGCUGAAAAAGCUUGUGGUGUGUGUCCAUUAUGGGGCAAAUGUGAUGCCCAGAACAGCAAAUGUGUCUGCAGAGAAGCAUCAGAGUGCGAGGAAGAAGGAUUUAGCAUUUGUGUGCAAGUGGAUGGCCGGGAACAGACGAUGACAGAGUGUGAGGCUGGUGCCCUUAGGUGCCACGGACAAAGCAUCUCCAUCACCAGCAUAUGGCCUUGCACAGAGGAUGCCCCAUAGGCUCCCAGGAUCCGUAGCAUGGUCUGCUGUCAGGGAAUGCCUUUGCCUGAAGUGACUGAGUUCACUUCUGCAGAGCUGGCAUUUUAGUCAGCUCUUCCAACACUGCACACAUUGGUUAUUCCUUUCCUACAGUUUCUUCUGAAUUCCUUAACUCCCAGACUCCUGUAGAAACACAUACCUUUUGCUUCCAUACCUGAACCCGGAUAAUUCAUUUUGAUUUUCUUUUUUGAAAGAUGUCAGUCAGGAAGAAGAAUAUUCAGAAACUAUGCAUGAAUGAGCUGUGUGAUUUGGAAAAAUUUCCAAUUUCCUUAUGAAUUUUACUUUUUUUAAAAUCUGAAAAUUAAAGGAUUAAAUUAGAGAAUCUUGAAUGCAUUGUUAAGCCCACAGAUGCUCUUCUGUGUGACUGAUUUUACCCUUGGCCAGAACAAAGUCUACAAAUUGAUUAGGGAAACCAAAAAAUGAAGAAACUUUCUUGAGUAAAGUGGAAUUCAAAUAGGAAAAGGUAGAUGCAGUGAUCCCAUGCAAAGCAGGGCAUUUUACCUGCUGAGGCAAGCUCCACGUGUUGGGAUUUCUAAUCUGGGAACCAGUGGAAGCACGGAAAUGUCAGAGUGCUUCAUCACACUGUGGUCACUGGGUUCUUUUGUUUGAGAACAAACAUUCACUUUUCUCUUUGGAAGUUUUCUCUUUGGGGGGUUUCUUUAGUUGUGAAUCAAACAUGAGACCUGUAAUUUGUCCUCCUCCCCCUCUCUCCUUUUGUAGGCACCAUCAUUCAUGCCUGAGUUAUCAAGUGAUUGUAUAUUUGAGCGAGUACUUUUUUCUAAAGUGGUUUCAUGUCUACAUUUUUCAGGGGGAGUAUACAGGUAGAUCAGUUGAAGCAUUGGUCUUCUAUUUAUUUCUUAUUCAUCUUUUGUGAAAACAUAAAUGCAGCUGUAGGAGGUGAAAUGAAUGGGCUUAAAUGGAAUUUAAAAUGCUUUUAUAUAUAAAUAGUAUCGCUAUUUUUCUGAUACUGAUAAAUACAUUGUAACAAAAACUUAAAAUGGAUAAUGAAUAAAAGCUCAUU